GAAAAAGCACGUGAGUUGGGUUGAAAUUGGGAAAACUUGGAGCGAAAGUUGAAGCACAGAAAAACGCAUAAACACAAAAACAAACACCAUCACCACCUUUGACAGAAACUAUCCUCAAAUUUGGUUUCGAUUCUUCAAAAGAAAUCCAUUCUUCUUCUUCUUCUUCUUCUUCUUCUUCUUCUUCUUCUUCUUCUUCUUCUCUUUCUCUGUAGUAAUUUCGUAAUAACCCAUUUCUUUGUUUUCGGCAAAACAACAAAAAGUGGAAGAGAAUGAUGCUGAACACCAACCCAUAUCCCAAAGCAAAGCACAGAAUAAAGUAACAACAACAACAACAACCAAAAAGCUUUACAAUCAUCUUCUUCCUCCCUUCCCCUUCGAAUCUCUUUUCUUAAAACCCCAUUUCAUCAUAUCAACAACAACAACAACAACAAUCAAAAGGGUUUCUCCAUGGGUCUCUGCUUCACCAGAACCCGCGACAUUCCAAUCGAUUCCUUCAACAAUGGCUCUGACACACCAAAUCCCCAAAUCAAACCUCAAUCUCAAAACCCACCACCACCGUCGAAACCGCAACAGAUUCCUUCUUACAAGUCCGUUCCGCCGUCGCAGAUCGGUCCAAUCACCGGCCGUCCUUACAUCAACAUAACCACACUCUACGAACUCCACAAGGAACUGGGUCGAGGUCAGUUUGGGAUUACUUAUCUCUGUACCGAGAAAUCCACGGGCCGUAAAUACGCUUGCAAGACGAUUUCCAGGAGAAAAAUGGUGAAUCCGAAGGAUAUUGAAGAUGUUAAAAGGGAGAUUUUGAUUUUGCAACAUUUGACUGGGCAACCCAAUAUUGUGGAGUUUAAAGGGGCUUACGAAGAUAAGAGGAAUUUGCAUCUGGUUAUGGAGCUUUGUUCUGGAGGAGAGCUUUUUGAUCGGAUUAUUAAGAAGAAGAGUUACUCGGAAAGAGAAGCGGCGUCGAUUUGUAAGCAGAUUUUGAAUGUGGUUCAAGCUUGUCAUUUUAUGGGGGUUAUGCAUAGAGAUUUGAAGCCUGAGAAUUUCUUGAUGGUUAGUCAAGAUGAGGAUUCGCCGAUUAAGGCGACUGAUUUUGGACUCUCUGUUUUCAUUGAAGAAGGCAAAGUAUACAGGGACAUGGUUGGAAGUGCAUACUAUAUUGCUCCUGAGGUUUUGCAGCGAAAUUAUGGGAAGGAGAUCGACAUGUGGAGUGCUGGAGUUAUUCUCUAUAUUCUCUUGUGUGGGGAGCCUCCCUUUUGGGGAAAGACUGAGGACGACAUAUUAAAAGAAGUUCAGAAAGGCAUCUUAAAAAUGGAAGAUGCUCCAUGGCCUUCCAUAUCCUCUUCUGCCAAGGAUCUUGUCUCGAAAAUGUUGACGAGGAACCCGAAGAAGCGGAUCACCGCUGCCGAAGCACUUGAACAUCCUUGGUUGAAGAUUGAGGGUGAGGCCUCUACCAAGCCCAUUGAUAGCGCUGUUCUCAUUAGGAUGAGACAGUUCAGAGCAAUGAACAAGUUUAAGCAACUUGCUCUCAAGGUAAUGGCAGAAAACCUUUCUGAAGAAGAAUUGAAGGGUCUGAAACAAAUGUUCACGAACAUUGAUACUGAUAGAAGUGGUACCAUCACAUUUGAUGAACUGAAAACAGGUUUGUCCAGGCUCGGUUCAAGGCUUUCCGAACACGAAAUAAAGCAACUAAUGGAUGCAGCUGAUGUCAACAGAAAUGGGACGAUUGAUUAUGACGAGUUUAUUACUGCAACGAUGCAUCGACAUAGGCUCGACAAAGAAGAAAACAUGUACAAGGCCUUCCAAUUCUUUGACAUAGAUGGAAGCGGAUUAAUUACAAGAGAUGAGCUCAAACAAGCCAUGAGUCAGUAUGGCAUCGGAGAUGAAGAUACCAUAGAUGAAAUUAUCAACGAUGUCGAUAUCGAUGGAGAUGGAAAAAUCAAUUACGACGAGUUUGUAAACAUGAUGACAAAAGGGACAGUGGAUGCAAAGAUGAACUAGAUUACAGAUUACUGCUUGUAAAAAGAGAAAAGGAAAAAGUUAAAGUUUGUUGUGCAUAGAUAUGAAAUUUAUGGAUAUAUUGCAAGUGUAACUAUAUAUAUAUAUAUAUAUAUAUAUAUAUAUAUAUAUAUAUAUAUAUAUACAUAUAGAGAAUACAAAGUCAAUAAUGUACAUUAUACUAAAGAGGUUUUCUAUUUGUCAAUGUACGAUCCUGUAUUAUUUGUACAGAAUUGGUUAAGAUUACAGAAGUUAGAGAAAGUCUUAAAUUAAUCCAUAUGUUUAAAAGUUAGAAUUCAUCUUUAUAGUCUAAUAAAAUCAUCAUAAGUUGUCUAUCA